GUGGGGGGAGCAGAUGCCGCUGGUGGCGCGCGGGAGCCGGGCGCUAGCAGAGCGCAGCCGCAAGGGAGGCGCGGGGGAGGCGAGCCGGAGCCGGAGCCCAAGCAGCAGCCAGUGUUGGCAGACAGCACCCAGGCGCAGCUGGAGCCGCAGCCGCGAUGGCCGUGGCCGUUGGGAGACCGUCUAAUGAAGACCUUCGAAACUUGUCGCUUUCUGGCCAUGUUGGAUUUGACAGUCUUCCCGACCAGCUGGUCAACAAGUCCACUUCUCAAGGAUUCUGUUUCAACAUCCUGUGUGUUGGUGAGACAGGCAUCGGCAAAUCCACGUUAAUGGACACUUUGUUCAACACCAAAUUUGAAAAUGAUCCAGCCACUCACAAUGAACCGGGUGUCCGGUUAAAAGCCAGAAGUUAUGAGCUUCAGGAAAGCAAUGUACGGCUGAAGUUAACCAUCGUUGACACCGUGGGAUUUGGAGACCAGAUAAAUAAAGAUGACAGCUAUAAGCCGAUAGUGGAAUAUAUUGAUGCCCAGUUCGAGGCCUACCUGCAAGAGGAACUGAAGAUCAAACGUUCUCUCUUCAACUACCACGACACCAGGAUCCACGCGUGCCUCUACUUCAUCGCCCCUACGGGACAUUCGCUGAAGUCCCUGGACCUGGUCACCAUGAAGAAGCUGGACAGUAAGGUGAACAUCAUCCCAAUAAUUGCAAAAGCUGACACCAUUGCCAAGAACGAAUUGCACAAAUUCAAGAGUAAGAUCAUGAGUGAACUAGUCAGCAAUGGAGUCCAGAUAUAUCAGUUCCCCACAGACGAAGAAACAGUGGCAGAGAUCAAUGCGACGAUGAGUGUCCACCUCCCCUUCGCCGUGGUUGGCAGCACUGAAGAGGUGAAGAUCGGCAACAAGAUGGCAAAGGCCAGGCAGUACCCCUGGGGCGUGGUGCAGGUCGAGAAUGAAAACCAUUGUGAUUUUGUGAAGCUUCGGGAGAUGCUGAUCCGCGUGAACAUGGAAGAUUUGCGAGAACAGACUCACACCCGCCAUUAUGAAUUGUAUCGGCGCUGUAAACUCGAAGAGAUGGGGUUCAAGGACACUGACCCUGACAGCAAGCCCUUCAGUCUUCAGGAGACAUAUGAAGCCAAAAGGAAUGAAUUUCUGGGAGAACUUCAGAAGAAAGAAGAAGAAAUGAGACAGAUGUUUGUUAUGAGAGUGAAGGAGAAAGAAGCUGAACUGAAAGAGGCGGAGAAAGAGCUCCACGAGAAGUUCGACCUCCUAAAACGGACACACCAAGAAGAGAAGAAGAAAGUGGAAGACAAGAAGAAGGAGCUGGAGGAGGAGGUGAACAAUUUCCAGAAGAAGAAGGCGGCAGCUCAGCUGCUUCAGUCCCAGGCCCAGCAGGCUGGGGCCCAGCAAACCAAGAAAGACAAGGAUAAGAAAAAUGCAAGCUUCACAUAAAGCCUGGCAAGCCAAGGAUGGUCCGCAUUCACCUGCUUUUGCAGUAAUAUUGUAUCUCUGCCAUCUGUGUCCUUUUGUUUUGUUUUUUUUUUUUAUUUUUUUUUACCCUUCCCCAGACACCAUAUAACUAUUAACUCAUUGUGCUGAAUGUUGUUGGGUUGUGGGAAAUGAUAGAACAAGGGAACGGCAGCAAAAGCUAUGUGCCGCUGACUGGGUUUCUGGAAAGCCGAUGGUUUGCCUUGUCUGCCUGUUCAGAGUGGCGGCAGGAAGCACGCCUGUCCUGUUACUCGUGUGUGGCUUUGGACUGAGGGGAGGAGGCUAAAUUGCUCCAUGUACCUCUGGCAGGAAAAACCUCUCACCACCUCAGCAGCUGAACUAUAAACCUGGAUAGCCAUGACAACCUCUUGCUUUUCUUGAUCACUCAUCUCCAUGAUGGCCAAGGCCCUGAACGCCCUCUGUCUCUCCUCCAUACCUGCCCCAAAGCAAGGUAGCUCUGUCUGCAGGCAGAACGGUGGGUAAGCCUUACCUGACCUUGACCCUUGCGUGGAUUUUUUAUUACCAUGGUAACAUUAUUUGGCCUGGGUUGUGGGUCUGUUCAGACUGACUGUCUCCUCUUAAUGGCUUUAGAAAUGUGUCUGAACCCCCAUCUCUCAAAUCCUGGCCAAGCUGGUUGUAAUAAGGAAACCAGGAUGACGUACAGCUUUAUUGGGGUGCCCUUGACCCUCUCACAGAGAGCCAUCUCCAGGGUCAGAUCAGACAACGUGGCUUAGCCAGAGAAUCUUCCACCAAGGAUGAUGGGCUUUCCACGACCUACUUAUUACUUUACAAAAUCCGGUCUUUCAUAAACACACCUCAAUUUGCUCUCAGUAGGCUGAGGGGGAGGGUCUCAUGACUGAUUCCAGGGUGACAGUGCUUCUAAGAACAUUUUUCAAUAAUUAUGAGGAGAAAUUUUCCAGAAAUACUUAAAAUAGCAAAUCUGUGAUGAACGGCAUCACCUGCAGCACAAUUUGAGGGGACCGUGAGGUACAAGUGGAAAGAAACACGUACCCAAACCCAUGAGUCGAGACGGCAGACAUCCGACUUCACGUCCAGCCUCCUUGCCUAGUCUCCUUCUGAUGUUUGGCAACAAAGAGAGGGAGGAACAGAACCACUGGUCUUUCCAACCCAGUUGUCUCAAAGGAAUGGCCUCCCCUUUUCCCUCUCCAGGACCCCCUGCUGUUCAUGUCUAAGUCUUGUCGCCCCAUCACCGAGGAUAGGGACUUAGCCAUGUGCCAGGGCACAGACUGCACGCCAAGUUUGUACGGAAAAGGGCAUAUCUGAUCUCUUUUCUGUACUUUUCAUUUGUGAGGUUUAACCUGUCAUCUUGAUUUUUUUCCCCUGUAAUAAUGGGAUACUCUCCGUUUUCUCUCUGACUCCGUCGUCUCCUGUUGCGUUCUUGAAAGCAGAACGCUUCUCAUGAACCUGGUAUUUCACCUCUGCGUUUUCCUUUUGGCCUUCAUGAGUCAUACGUUAAGCAAGUAGGACAGAAUACGCUGUACCUCUGCACACAUAUGUACACCUUUUUUUUUUUUUAAUUACUAAGUCUCUAGUUGAUUCCAGUAAAGAUCCCCCUCCUCCACUUCUCUUUAUCCUCAACCACACUCUUAGGGAAAGAAGGACUGGUCUUCCAUGAACUGAUUUAGGCUUAAUUAGGCAAAGUCAGAAAUCAAUUUCAUUGAAGCGAAAAUAAGCUGUUGCAGAAACCGCAAACCAGAAGCAGCAAUAGUGGUGUAAAGACAGACUUAGGAGCUACUGGGGCAAUGUUUUUGUUUUUGCUUUUGUUUCUUACUGGUUCCAGUCUGAAGCUAGCUGUGGUGCGGCCAAAGCUGAGAUGGCAUGCUGGGUCUAACCAGGGGCUGAAUUUGCUCAGAUGCUGUGCACCAGACCGAAGCUUGAAUCCGUGUGCUGUACGCUUGUUCCAACCACUGCUUGCGUGAGCAUUUUUGUGUCUUGUCACAGAAAAUACACUUCUAAAUUCUAAACAUGCAUCACUUGAAAAAUGAUCAUUUUACACGCAUCACUACAGCCUUUUCACAGUGAGCCUUGCCAUGAAAGGCAUCCAGCUGACUUUUUGAUUCCAAGAUUGUUGAUUGGAUUGAUUCCUUUUUUUCCCAUUAAAUUUUUCACAGCAAAAUAUAUCAUAUGGAGAGUCAGGGAAUAAAAGGUCAAAGGAGACAGAUAGCAGCUUUUUUUAAAAAUUCAUUGCUUCUGAACUUUUUCUCCCCCCGCUCCCUGGCCCUGUUUGGUUUGUUAUUGCUGCCCUCUCUUUUUCUGUAUCUGUGCCUUUUUUCACAGUAGUCCUUGGCUCUGCACGGAAUAAAUGAUACCCUCAAAUCUAACUGGAUGUGCUUUCGCCUUUGCAUGUAAGUACGGUAGUAAGAAACCUUUGAGAUCUUUCUGACCUUUUUAAAUUAGAGAAACAAAUGGGAUAGGUGGAUUUUUUCCCCCAGAGUGGGGAAAGGGAGGUAUUGGUUUGAGUAGCCUUUGUUUAAAAAAAAAAAAACUAAAUAUAUUCAAAACAGCCUACAUUUAUAUCUUUUUCACAAGAAACACGUAGAUUCAACUUUUCCUUGAUAUCAGUAUGGAAGUCAGAAAUCAUUAGUCCCAGUCUGUGUUCUACACAGCAUUGUGGGUUCAUUGGAUACUACAGAGGGUCCUUGGUCUCACUGUGUAAAUAAAGCUAGAAUGAGAAAGCUUCCGCUGGGGAAAAUCAAGAGGAAAAAUUAUUUUAUGCUGGGUUGCCUUGAUGACUGCUUCAUUUUUUGGUGAUCUUGUUUAAUGGUCUUUCCCUGGAGCUAACUACCAGCAAUGAUCACCUCUUUUUUUUUUUUUUUUUUUGGCCAGACAACACUAGCUGGCCUCUCCCAUCUUUUGUUCAACCAUAAUGACCAUCUUUUUGCUUCUUCUGGACUUCAGAUGCCCUUAACUGUUGUAAGUGCAGUAGGAGGUGAUGGAAAAGCAUUUAUGAGAAUUUACUGGCAGUUGAGAGACUAUGUUUUCCUAGCUUAGGCUCUUUUUUAAUUAACCAAGGUUUUGUCCUGAAAGGGCACCUCAACCAGGGGAACAUUUAACGUAAGGCUGGGCACAGGUUACUUCUUUUCCUUCUCUGCUUUGUGAUCUCACCAGCACUAACUCUUACUCUUUCUAUCUUGUGCACCUCAAAUAGACUUGGUUUCCUCACUUUCUUGACAUAUCCAUGAGUGUCUCAUAUACUAACUGUUGAAUCAAGUUUUUCAGCUGUUUCCAGCCCAUGUCAUACUGUCUCUGUGUGGUCCUACCAAAACUGUCCAUUCAGAUCCCUUUGCUUUGCCAUUUGCAAGUGUCUCAAGCUGUCAGGUCUCAGCUUCCAGAAGUCUUGGUUCCAUCGAUAGGAUACAUGUGUGAUGACUCUUUAGGGGAAAUGAUGACCUACAAAGUCUAGAUUGUAUGUAGGUAUGAAGGGAAUUUUUUAAAUAAAUUGAAAAUUAAGCUGUGAACAGCAUUAGAACGUUUGUCUAUUUCUUAAUUUUAAAAUAUCCUGAUUUGCCUUAAAUUGUAGCUGUAGAUCAUUGUCAUUUUGCUGUUUGAAAAUAACCAAUGUGUUUUUAAAACUGUUGUGUAAUCUACUUUCAGUGUUAAUGCAGAAUUGUCAUAUAUGUAAACCGCAUGUUAGACACUUGUCUUUUUUAAAAAACUAAAAUAAUUGUACUGUUGUGAAGUAUAUCAUUUUUUUUUCAAGUAUGAAAGUAAUCACUUAGCAAACGUGCUCAGUAACUUGGUGUCUGUUAAGGUAGGAGAGUGGACAGGUAAUCUAUGCAUAUAUCACUAGUGCCAAGACAUAAAGUAGGGGAAAAUAUAUUUUUACCCAAA